UUUACUGUUACCAUGGGAAACGUUUGGUAGCCAACGGCGUUAAGGGGUUCCAGUCUAGCAUCAGAAGCAGAUAAACUUCGUCUGUGAACGGGGUUUUUAAACGCUGGAGCCUUCGUUGUUUCUUGUGACGACGGCGCGGCUUUAAAAAAAAACAUGGACGGUUUAAAAACACAAAACGCUUUUCCUUUUGUUGUCUUAGGCACUUAUAACGCGAACCGAGCUAAGCUAACAGCGUAGGCUACGGUGAACGACGCACUCAAAACAGAGGCCACGCGACAGUUAUUAGCUAGUUUUAACGUUUAAAUGCCCUCAUCGAUAUAUGUAUAUACUUGCAUAUUUAUACGUUAAAGUCAGACACACUAUCAUCACGCAACCACUAUGUUCAUUUACCUCAGCAAGAAGAUCGCCAUUCCCAACAACAUCCAUCUGAAAUGCCUCUCCUGGAACAAGCAGCAGGGGUUCAUUGCGUGCGGAGGAGAAGAUGGUCUGCUGAGGGUGUUGAAGCUUGAAACACAGACAGACGACAGUAGACUGAAAGGUCUUGCUGCGCCCAGCAACCUGUCCAUGAAUCAGACUUUAGAGGGACACAGUGGCGCCGUGCAGGUAGUGACCUGGAAUGAACAGUAUGAAAAACUGACAACCAGUGACCAGAAUGGACUCAUUAUUGUGUGGAUGCUAUAUAAAGGUGCAUGGUACGAGGAGAUGAUCAACAACAGGAACAAAUCGGUAGUGAGGAGCAUGAGCUGGAACGCCGAUGGUCAGAAGAUCUGCAUCGUGUAUGAAGACGGCGCCGUCAUCGUUGGAUCGGUGGAUGGCAACCGGAUUUGGGGGAAGGAGUUGAAGGGGAGUCAGCUUGCUCAUGUCGCUUGGUCUCCUGACAGUAAGAUCCUGCUGUUCGGCAUGGCCAGCGGCGAAGUACAUAUUUAUGACAAUCAAGGAAACUUCAUAAUGAAAAUGACCAUCAGCUGCCUCACCGGGGCAAACGGAGCUGUCAGCAUCGCUGGAAUCCACUGGUACGCGGGGGCUGGCGGUUACGUGGAGCCGGACUGCCCUUGCCUCGCCAUCUGUUUCGACAACGGGAGGUGUCAGAUCAUGCGCUAUGAGAAUGACGAGAACCCGGUGUACAUCGACACUCUGAUGAAUGUGAUCAGUAUCCAGUGGAACCACUGCGGCAGCGUCCUGGCAGUGGCAGGUUCCCUCAGAGUUUCAAAUCUGGAAAAAGAAUUUAACGUGGUGCAGUUCUAUACACCCUUUGGGGAGCAUCUGAGAACUCUGAAAGUACCCGGGAAGCACAUGUCUGGGAUCUCAUGGGAGGGUGGAGGCCUGCGAAUCGCCCUGGCUGUGGACUCUUACAUCUACUUUGCCAACAUAAGACCAGAUUACAAAUGGGGCUACUGUUGUAGCACGGUGGUGUACGCCUACACAAAGCCAGAGCGCCAGGAGUACUGUGUGGUUUUCUGGGACACCAAAAACAACGAGAAGUUUGUGAAAUAUGUCAAGAGCUUGAUGUCUAUCACGACCUCGGGAGACUUCUGCAUCCUGGCUAGCAAGGCUGAUGAAUUACAACCUCAGGAAGAAGCAGAAUCAGAGACUGGGAGUCCUGCGAGGUACGUCCUGAUCCUCUGCAAUUCCAUUGGGACUCCUCUGGACUCCAAAUACAUCGAUAUUGAUCCACUGUUUGUUACCAUGACGAGGACGCACGUCAUCGCCGCGUCCAAAGAGGCUUUCUAUCUGUGGCAGUACAGGGUGGCAAAGAAACUGACCGCCCUGGAAAUCAACCAAGUGACCAGGACCAAGAAGGGGGGCAGAGAGAGGUUCUAUCACAUCGACAGCAAUCAACCUGGAGCCAGCGAUGAUGGGCCAGAUUUUUCAAAAACCUUUACACCAACUCGAGAUCCUAUCUGCUGUAUUACAGCAACAGACAAAACCCUGGUGGUGGGUCGGGAGUCCGGUGCCCUCCACAGAUACAGCCUUCCAAAUGUUACCCUCAUCCAGAAAUAUUCCUCAAACAACCGAGCCCAUUAUCUGUCUCUAAACUGCAACUCCAGUCGUCUGGCCAUAAUUGACAUUUCGGGCUUGCUCACUUUGUUGGAAUUGGAAGUCCGUUCUGCCACAGACGAAGACGCAGGAAGCCAAGCAGCCUCUGGAGAUCCAUCCAAGUUUGAGCGUAAAGAUGUUUGGGACAUGAAGUGGGCAAACGACAAUCCCGAUUUGUUUGCCAUGAUGGAGAAGACCAGGAUGUACGUGUUCAGGAACCUUGACCCGGAAGAACCCAUUCAAACAUCUGGAUACAUCUGCAACUUUGAGGAUCUGGAAAUCAAAUCAGUUUUGCUUGAUGAAAUUAUGAAGGAUCCAGAGCGGCCAAACAAAGACAACCUCAUCAACUUUGAAAUCCGCUCCCUGAGAGACAGCCGGGCACUUAUUGAGAAAGUGGGCAUUGAAGACGCUUCACAGUUCAUUGAAGACAAUCCUCACCCGAGACUCUGGCACCUGCUGGCUGAGGCAGCCCUACAGAAACUGGAUCUGAAGACGGCAGAGGAGGCCUUUGUCCGGUGCAAAGACUAUCCAGGCAUUCAGUUUGUCAAGUGCCUGGGCAACCUGCAGAGCGAGCCCAUGAAACAAGCCGACGUGGCGGCCUACUUUGGCAGAUUUGAGGAAGCUGUAAGCAUGUAUCUGCAUAUGGAUCGGAGGGACCUCGCCAUCAACCUAAGGAUCAAGCUUGGAGACUGGUUUAAGGUUCCGCGGCUACUCGAAAGUGGCUCUGGGGACUCCGAUGACGCUCUGCUCGAACAGGCAUAUAAUGGGAUUGGGGACUACUAUGCUGACAGACAGAAGUGGGUGAAUGCAGCGCAGUACUACCUAAAGGGCCAUAACCAGGAGAGGCUGGCUGAUUGCUACUACAGGUUGGAGGAUUACGACGGCCUUGAGCAACUAGCUGCAGACCUCCCUGAAAAUCACAAACUGUUACCGGAAAUCGGACAGAUGUUUGUCACCGUGGGGAUGUGUGAACAGGCUGUGAAGGCGUACCUGAAGUGCAACCAGCCAAAAGCGGCAGUGGACACGUGCGUCCAUCUGAACCAGUGGAACAAAGCGGUGGAACUGGCAAGGACGCACAACAUGAAGGAGAUAAAAUCCCUUCUUUCCAAAUAUGCCUCUCAUCUUCUAGAGGAAAACAAAACUCUGGAAGCAGUGGAACUUUAUCGGAAAGCUCACCACUUUCUAGAUGCAGCCAAGCUCAUGUUUAAGAUAGCAGACGAGGAGGCGAAGAAAAUGAGCCGACCUCUGAGGGUGAAGAAGCUUUAUGUUCUGGCAGCUCAGCUUGUUGAGGACUACCACGAGCAGGUGAAGGCGUCCCAGCAGGCCAAAGCCAAAGGGAAGAAGUCGGAGGCAACAUUCGCACUGGCCGGCCUUCUUGAAGAAGACGCAACGUCGUCGGACAGUCGCAUCGUUGACAGCGCCUGGCGUGGAGCUGAAGCGUAUCACUUCUUCCUGCUCGCUCAGAGGCAGCUCCACGCGGGCUACACGGAGAACGCCACGCGGACAGCCCUCCAUCUUCGCGAGUACGAGGACACCAUCCCCGCCGUCGAGAUCUACUCUCUGUUGGCUCUGUGUUCGGCGGCGAACCGGGCUUUUGGCACCUGCUCAAAGGCCUUCAUCAAGCUGGAAUCUCUGGAGAGUCUGAGCCCCGAACAGCGGCAGCUCUACGAGGACUUGGCCCAGCAGAUCUUCACCAAGCAUCCUCCAAAGGAUAAGCACGUGUUGGAGGCGGUGGGCUCCUCAGAGGGAGCGGAGGGAAAACUGCCCACCUGCAUCGUGACGGGUCUGCCCAUCCAGGUGUACCAGCUUUGGAUGUGCAGCGUGUGCAAACACUGCGCUGUGGAACAGGAGAUCAGUAAAUACAGCUGCUGCCCGCUGUGCCACAGUCCUGUAGCGUGAUGAACAACAUUGUCUGUGAGGGGUGUGUUUCAGGCAGAAAAGGGAAGUUUGCCUUUUAUUGUGUGCUCAAUGUUCAGACGUUUGGAUGCUAAUUUCUAAACGGGCAGCUACAUGAUUAUUAGAUUAGAGACGAGCAGCUCAAUAACUACAUGUUGCCAGUGUAAACAGGAAGUAACAUCUUCAUCUUUGCUUUACUUUACGAUCAACAGUUCAAUGUAUUUUGAAAACUGAAAUACUUUAAUAUGAGAAGUUUGUAUCUGGCUUUAAAAUAAAAUUAAGAGUAAAUAAA